GGAGGGAGAAACCAGAGUGUGAGCUGGUGCCUUUGCAAGCAUUUACAUCAGCAUCGUCUCAGAAAAAUCUCUGCUGCCACAGCUGUAGUCAUCCAGGGAGGAGGAUGCACAAGGCAGAUCAAGGGAUGGGAAAAGACACGAGCUCUUACAGUGGGAAGUACCUCAACAGCAUUUACAAGGUACAGUGACUGAUUUCCACUGUGCACCUCAGCAGUGGGAGCUGAACCAGGUUUUCAUCCUCAGAGACCAAAGCAGCAGACAGCUGCAUCAGGAAAAACUCUGAUUCAGGGUCGGUUGUGACUGAUGGCAAACAUGAAGAUUUGAAUUCUGAAGUCUGAAACUUGUGACGACCACAGGAUCAUCCUAUGGACUACAAGGCACAUUUUGACCUCUUUUUCAAGCCACUGUUUUCUGGCCGCACUUCCUGACUUUGAAGGAUGGGUGAUGGGCCUGUGACUGCUCCUGCCUGCCUGCCUCAUCCCACCCUUCAAUGGAGCCGAUGUGGAACUCCUCCCACACACCUCCACAGCCCACAUCCAACAUGUCUGCCACCUCUCUGCAUGAGGGCUGGGCUCUGUCCCAGUCACUAGCCCUACUGGCGAUGCUGCUCAUGGAUCUGCUGGCUGUGGUGGGUAAUGUGGCUGUCAUGGCGGUCAUUGCCAAGGCCCCACAGCUCCACAAGUUUGCCUUCGUCUUCCACCUGUGCGUGGUGGACCUGCUGGCAGCCCUGGUGCUGAUGCCCCUUGGCAUGCUCUCGAGCCGAGCCUUCUUUGGGGAGGCCUUGUGCAGGAGCUACCUCUUUCUCAGUGUGUGCCUCGUCAGUGCUGCCAUCCUCUCUAUCUCUGUCAUCAAUGUGGAGCGUUAUUACUACAUCAUACAUCCAAUGCGCUAUGAGGUGAAGAUGACUGUUGGACUGGUGGCUUCAGUGCUAGUGGGGAUUUGGGUCAAAGCUCUGGCCAUGUCUGCUCUGCCACUGCUCGCUUGGUUCCUGCAAGGUGGAAGAGCUCCUCUUCUGGAGAGUACUGGGGUUGGUGGAGGAGGUGGUGGGUCCGUCCCGUCUCCCCCUGCUCAGGGUCACAGGCGCUGCUCACUGCACUGGACCGGGGGAGGCUCAAACCGCUUGGCUUUCAUGGUCCUCUUUACUCUGGUGUAUUUCCUGUGUCCACUACUGGUCAUUCUUGUUGUGUACUGCAACAUGUUCAAAGUGGCGCGGGUGGCUGCCAUGCACCACGGUCCACUACCUACCUGGAUGGACACACCUCGCCGCCAGCGGUCGGAAUCACUCAGCAGCCGUUCUACAAUGGUUACCAGCUCUGGCACGGGCACAGGGACAGGCAGAGUGACUCCCCAGCGACCCUUUGGGGGAGGAAAGGCUGCAGCAGUGUUAGCAGCAGUUGGUGGGCAAUUCCUUUGUUGCUGGCUGCCCUAUUUUACUUUCCACCUGUAUUCAGCCCUGGCGGCCAGCCCUCCAGCCGCACUGGCCUCUCUGGAGGAGGUGGUAACCUGGAUUGGCUACUUCUGCUUCACCUCCAAUCCCUUCUUCUAUGGCUGUCUCAACAGACAGAUCCGGGAGGAGCUGGGCAAGCAUCUGCCUUGCCUGUUCCGUCGAGCAGGCGUUGAAGUCGAAGACAGACUGCCCAGCCGUGAAGGAUCCAUAGAGGAGAAUUUCCUUCAGUUUCUUCAGGGAACUGGCUGCAACUUGGAUCCUCAAAACUCUCACAGCACUUCCAGUCCUAAGGGGGAGGCCUGCUGCCCCGUGACUCAGCCUCAGCCACCUGAGAUGGCACAGCCAUUACCUAUUGAUUUCCGUAUCCCUGGACAAAUUGCAGAGGAGACUUCAGAAUUUGUUGAGAUUGAACAGGGGAAAAACAACCAUAUAUAUACUGACAAUUAAUUUCAUAUUCUGGAAUUACCUUUUAAAAUUAAGAAAUUGAGUGUUUCAGGAAAACACGUUUCUGUUCUGUUGAAAGCUGUCCAUCAGGUAGCUCUUCGUUUAAAAAAAUUGUAUCUUUCAAUCAUUGCACUUUGCUUCAUCGGUUUUCAUCCCAGGUUUUGAAAACUGUCAAUGUUCUACAUAAUAAGUUAACAAGAGAUAAGUUUCAAACGGUUUCUCAUAAACAGGGAAAAUACUGCUAGAUUUAAAAAAAGGCUGUAUUUUGGCCUUCCACACAACUGCUCAGCUCUGUAUCGUAAAUGACUCAGUGAAUUAAUAUUGAUGUACCUUUUUUUUUUUAUAUUAAAAAAAGAUAAAAAUAACGUGAAACUGAAGAGAUUUCAGAGUGUAACGUUUUCAGAAUAUCUCUUUUGAUCUCAAAUUAGGAAACGCUUACUGAAACACACUGGCUCCCUCUGAAAUAAUUUGCUGUCCCGCAGUUAUUGGAUAAAUCGCCUUUAGGAUUCAAACACGAAGAUUAAAUGGUACUUGUAAGUCAAUUAUUUUUAAUAAGAGUUUUAUAAAUUACUGCGAGUAAAGUAAUGUCAAAGAAGAAAGCAAUAAAAUGGUGAGAGUUGAUUAGUAGCUGGGCUUUAAUCAGUAACAAUAGAAGUCUUAAAACCUGAUGACAAUAGAUUAGGAGGUGUACAUAUUGUGGGCCUAACCUCUCAUGGAAUUGCCACGAGCUGUUUACAGAUAAACUUUCAUUGGUGCUCGUCCGAACACAUCCCUUCAUUAAUAUCCUCAAAAGAAAGACAGCUCUAAUGUGACUCAGUUUACAAUGUAGGUGGACUUUAUAACUCAUCUUCAGGGCCACCCAGCUUUUUGCCAUGUGGUGUAUUUAUCAGUGUGUUUGGAUGUAGAUCUUAAAAAUCUAUUGAUGCACCGCAUUAUAUUCAAAUAUGAUUCUAUUCUUUACAUUGUUUAAUGUGCUAAACUGUGUGUUAUGUUUGGUAAAACUACUGUGUAAAUUCGGGUUGCGUAUCCCAGUCAUGCACAUGCAUUUUUCAUUUUUUCUUUUCUUUUUUUUUUUUUCUUUUUUUUACUGGCGAGUGUGAUGAUUUGUUAUGAAGCGCAGAUCAUGACAAGGAGGCCAAUGUAUUCUGAUGAGUAUGCAGUAACUGCCUUUGUUUUACAGAUGUGGAGAUUUUUUAUCCUGAAGGCAAAUACAUGGCAAUUUUAUUUAUUUACAUUUUUUGACAACCCCGCUCAUCAGGGUUUUUACAGUACCUCAGUGCAGGAAAUACCCUUAUUUUAUAGCCACAUGCAGUUUCAUGUCAAGUAUGAUUCCUACACACUAUUUCAACGUUGUAAGGAGACUAAAGCAGACAUGAUUAUCCUGCUGAGGCUUUAUUAGAAGUAAAGGUGCAGACUUUGUCCGGUUUUUCCUCUUGAUGACGAGUUGAAGUGGUAUUUUUUAGAACUGUUAGAGAUGUUAAACUGUGUGGAAAUGCUUGACUAAGCUCUCUCUUGUGUAUCGUGGAAACAGGGUUUUUAAGAUUUUGUUUUUUUUCAAAGGGUGUUUUAGAACAAAACGUCAAUCCAAAAUCAAUAGCUUGCCAAGCUUGACACCUUCUUUUUCAUUAUGUCUGAAUAUCCCAAACUGUGAAUGAUGUUGAACGUUUGUUUUAGGAUUUUCACUUUUUUUUUUUUUUUAAAUGCUGUGAUUAAAAUAAAGAAUGACUUCCACUGUACUGCGAUGAUAUGAAUGUGUGUAGAAAAUAAAAACAUGGCUAAAACUUGAGCGAGAGAUACUGUAAUUGUAAUAAAGAGUUUCUAUGUUUGUAAAACAUUUUGGAUGCAUUCUUGUAAUUACAUCUGUAACGUGGGGCUCGUGUGACUAAUAUAUAUAUGUAUGUGCUUAGCAUUUAUUUUUGUAGCCUCUGAUUCCCGUUGUGCCUUCAUCUGUCUGCCUUGCCUUGAUGUCCCAGUGAAAAGAAGGGCGGUGGGAAAAUACUGUUCAAACACUUUGACCUUAAGGUAACAUUUAAACUUCAAAGGACAAAACCAGCAGCAUGACCUUCAGCAGAAGAUAGAUAGAUAGAUAGAUAGAUAGAUAGAUAGAUAGAUAGAUAGAUAGAUAGAUAGAUAGAUAGAUAGAUAGAUAGAGCGUUUCAGUUGGAAGAUGCUGGUGCACGACAGGCCUCACUCACACCUCAGUGAUGGACCUCAGUCAAACCGCCCCCAGCUUCAGCAGGCUCUGCCAUCCCCAUGGCAAUUAUUACCUAGUGACAUUUCUCUGUGCUGUAGUGGGUGGUAGGAGGAGCUUGGAAAUCCAACAAGACACCCUUAUCUGUGACUUCUCAAAAUACAUUCCCCAGACUAAACCGGAUCUGACAUUUGCUUUUGUUAUGUUCUCACGUUCCUAGGACCGCCAGUGUGACUAUAUCAUGUUGCACAGCGAUGGAGUCGCACACAGCAACUAGGAGUCUGUGGCAGAACAACCAAUGUACAAAGCUGCGAACAUAACUAAGGUGCCAUGUAUUCGACUGUCAGUCGGGGGAAUGAAACAGAAUCUCUGAAAUGUCAAAGGCGAAAUUUCUGAUGCUCUGGAUAAC